AUGACAUACUAUCUAGCCGAUGGUAUCUACCCUUCUUAUCCAACUUUCGUCAAAUCUAUUAGACUUCCUCAAAGUGAACCCGAUAAGUUAUUUGCAAAAUAUCAGGAGGGAUGUCGGAAGGACAUCGAACGUGCAUUUGGAGUGCUUCAAGCUCGAUUUAAAAUCAUCCGUGAACCAGCUUGCUUGUGGGACAUAGCCGAUCUGAGUAUCAUCAUGAGGUCUUGCAUCAUAUUACAUAAUAUGAUUGUUGAGGAUGAGCGAGAUUCAUAUGCUCAACGUUGGACCGAUUUUGAGCAGUCUGAGGAAAGUGGAUCUAGUGCACCGCGACCAUAUUCAACCGAGGUAUUACCCGCUUUUGCAAAUCAUGUGCGUGCUAGAUCUGAGUUCCGUGAUCAAAAAGCUCAUCACGAAUUGCAAGCAGAUCUAGUGAAGCACAUAUGGACCAAAUUUGGAAUGUUUCAGGAUUAA